CUCUUUUGAGAGUGAAUUUCAAAGCAAUAUAAUUAUUAAUAAUAUAACCAAAAAUGUUGAUAAGCAGAAACGGAAACUCGCACCUGUUCAUGAUUAUCUCAAUGUUCUCGAAGAUGGUACUCGUAUUUGCAAAGCUUGUGAUGGAGA